UUUUAACUUUUUCUCUCUCUCUCUCUCUAAAGUCCUUCUUAGCAGUGGUUUUUGGACCGAGGCUGCAGCUUCGUGGGCAAGGUCAGGUGGUUUCCAUGAAAGCACCAACGGCGACUCUUCUUCUCUGUCUCACACACACCAUUGUUGACAUUUUGUGGUCAUCUUCUAGAGGGACGGAGAUUGAUCAACACCAAAGGCUGCUGCUUUCUCUCUCUAAGCGGCCUGGCCUGGCCUAGCUCCGCUCUCACGUUUUCGUUGCAGUUUUUAAAUUUUAUUUAUUUUUUCAGUUGAGGUGAGAGUGAGAUAAGCUUGAGAACAUAUCUGCAUGGAAGAUGAGGUAGAAUUCAAUUUAGUUCUAAGCACCCUUUCCAAGAAAUAACCCUAAAACAUACUUCACCUCUCGCUCCAUCUCUGCAAAGCCCAUCCCACCACACACACACUCUCUCUAAACAGGCAUCAAUACUGCACCACUCUCUCUCUCUCUCUCUCUCUCUCAAUUCCCCCCUCCUCCCUCUCUAUCUAAAGUUUAAACAGAUCGAUACUACAACAGCCCUGUAAAACCCAUCUCAGCUCUCUCACUCUCUCUCUCUCUCUCUAUAUCAAGAUAGCAGCUUUUUCUCUCUUGAAAACUCAUCAUUCCUCUCUCUAUUUCGCUCAAAACCCAUAUCAAUUUUGCAACACUUUCAUUCUCUCUCUAAAACCAUAUCAAUAUUGGAGCUACCUCUCUCUUUCUCUCUCAAAAUCCACAUCCAUCUUGCAUCUCUCUCUAUGACAAAAUCCCCUGGCAAUCACCAGAACAUCACUCUUUAGAAAAUCACCGAUGUAACUCUCUCUCUCUCUCUGAUGUAUGCAUACAAACCAGGGCGAAAACCCAACUUUUGAAGCUCAACAGGCAUGUAUCAGCUGCUUCUGCUCCUCUUGUUGCUAAACCACGGAGGCUCCAUUCAUGGCCACAUACAAUCUCACAGAAAGCUCGCGGACUCCAGUUCGCAAAACCGGACCACCUGCCCCCUCGAUUUCUCAGUCCUCUCAAGAUUUGCAGAAGGAGCAAAGCAAGCAAAUCUCUCUCGUCGCUGUCAAUACUCUCUCCAAGGCCUACACCUCGUCCUCGCAGAAUUCCUCAGAACCAAUGGCCUCUUUCUCCCUCCAUUAAACUCCUCCGACUCUUGUUGGAAUGAUUUCGAGACUGCAAUUCAUGGGGUUUACCCCAAUUUCAAUAUUCGAUCAAGUUGCGGCUUCGAAACCAGUUGGAUAUCACAGGGUUGUAUGAAUAUCACAACCCGAGCUCAAUUCGAAGCUCAAGUCCCUGAAUCUUCAAUUCGAGAUAUGAAGAGGCUUUGUAAUCAAUCUCUAGAGAACAAUGCUCCUUGUUCUGGUUGCACGGCCACUUUAUCAAGCACACAAGCUGCUUACUUGCCUGGUGAUUCCAUUGGUAAUAUGACUGUUUGCUCUAAUUACGCAUCAAUUUAUGCAGCUGCUUUGGUGAACCAAUAUGGGCCUACGGAUCAAGGAACCGCUUUGUGUUUGUUCCUUUUGCCUUUGCCUUCAAACCUGAAGAAACACAAGGCCUGGGUUUAUGGACUUGUGGUCGCUUGCCUUGUGUUGAUUGGAGCUGUUUUUGCACUUGGGUUUUUGCGAGCUCGGAGAUAUAACAGGAAGAGAGCUAUAGAGAGGAGGUCCUUGAUGGAGAAGGAUGUGGCUUCAGGGUUGGAUUCAAUGAAAACAAGCGCCACUUUGGUGAGGUUCACCUUCGAGGACAUUAAGGCCUCGACUGGUAAUUUCUCAAGGCAUAACAUCAUUGGGAAGGGGAGCUAUGGGAAUGUAUAUAAGGGGACAUUGGCUGAUGGGACCGAAGUGGCCUUGAAGAGAUUCAAGAAUUGUUCAGCUGCUGGCGAUGCAGGCUUUGUUCACGAAGUCGAAGUCAUUGCAAGCGUUAGGCAUAGGAACUUAGUGGCAUUGAGAGGGUUUUGCACUGCCACUACACCUAUGGAGGGCCAUCAGCGGAUAAUUGUUUGUGACCUUAUGAGAAAUGGAAGUCUCCAUGAUCAUCUAUUUGGUUCAUCAGAGAACAGAUUGAGUUGGCCAAUUCGUCAUAAGAUAGCCGUAGGAAUGGCCCGUGGGCUUGCUUAUUUGCACUAUGGUGCACAACCUGCAAUUAUACAUAGGGAUAUAAAAGCUAGCAAUAUUCUUUUGGAUGAGAGCUUCGAGCCCAAAGUGGCUGAUUUCGGUUUGGCCAAAUUUACACCAGAGGGAAUGACCCAUUUAAGCACAAGGGUAGCGGGGACAAUGGGCUAUGUAGCACCCGAAUACGCUCUUUAUGGUCAGCUUACCGAAAAGAGCGACGUAUAUAGCUUUGGGGUUGUGCUUCUUGAGCUUCUGAGUGGCAAAAAGGCCCUUGUUUCUAAUAGUGAAAGCCAGCCUUCUCUUGUGACAGAUUGGGCCUGGUCUCUUGUUCGGAAAGGAAGGGUUUUGGAUGUCAUUGAACAAGGCAUGGCUGAUUUGGGCUCAACUGAAGUCAUGGAGAAAUAUGUAUUAGUUGCUGUCCUUUCAUCUCAUCCUCAAAUGCAUGCAAGGCCAACCAUGGAUCAAAUUUUGAAGAUUUUAGAGAGCGAUUUAGCUAUCCCGGCCAUUCCUGAGAGGCCGAUCCCUCUUGUUGCAGGUAGAGAAGACAUUGAGAGAUCAGUAAGCAGUAGUGGUUCUGGUCAUUUGUCUAGUCCAUCAGGGUAUCAGUCUUUCAACUACGAGAAUGCCUCUCAAAGUCUGAAGGAAUCGAGUAGUCUAUAGGAGUUCAAUUGCUCCCAAUGAGAGGACCUCAAGCAUCCAACUCUACUUCUCUGAAAUCAGAUUUUUGGGUACUCAUUCUUUUGUGUGGGAUUAUAAUCCCAAAAUUCUAUUAUUAGUGUUGAUUGACGUAGAAGUUUUCUAUUGUAAUAUAUUUUUUUGCUUUAUUUGGCUUCAAAAUCAUUUUAUACUGAGCUGAAUGUGAGACCACCAUGGGAGAUACCAAAAACACUGUAUAGUUUUUUGAGAUAACAGGCCAUGCUUACAUCAUUUUACA